UGUGCCGGUUGAUACCUACUUAGUUGUUAAAAUGAACUUUAUUUCCGCGUCGAUAUGGACGCUGGAGAACCACUGUUUUAUUGUGUACACGAUGCUGUUGGUUUCUUUCGUGGUGUUUACUUUGUUUCAUAAGAAGAGGGUUGAGGCUCAGGCGGUGCGGCAUAAUGCCAAAAGAUUGGCGCCAAAUGGAGCAGGGACCGGGAAAGCGCGCGAACGCGACUUUCCCGAGGAUGACCCGGACCCGAUCCUAACUUCAGCCAUUCCGGAGGACACACCCCACAUCCCGUACAAGCCAGUCCACCGCUCUGAUGACGAGAUCCUGCAGCGGUCUAGGGAAUAUUAUGAGCUGAUGGCCCAGCGGCGAUCCGUGAGGAUGUUCAGCACAGAGCCAGUUCCACAGGAAAUUCUUGACAACAUCAUUAAGACUGCAGGCACAUCCCCAUCAGGAGCCCACACUGAACCCUGGACAUUCGUGGUCGUCCAAGACCCGGAAGUGAAGGAAGCCAUCCGCGAAAUCGUAGAAGAAGAAGAAGACCUCAACUACCGACAGAGGAUGUCCAAGCAAUGGACGACGGACUUGAAGCCUUUCCGGACGAAGGCUGAGAAGCCUUAUUUGUCUGAUGCACCUGCGUUGCUGCUGGUAUUUCGGCAGACGCACUCUUGGAAAGAAGAUAAUACCAAGAGGAUGCAUUAUUAUAGUGAGAUCAGUGUGGCGAUUGCUGCUGGGAUUCUAUUGGCUGCGAUACAGUACUGCGGCCUAAUAGCUCUAACUUCCACUCCUCUCAACUGCAACGCGCGCCUCAAAGCGCUGCUGUGCAGGCCGGGCAACGAGCGCCUGGAACUGCUGCUGCCGGUCGGGAGGCCUCAUGAGGGCGCCACUGUGCCGGACCUGCAGCGGAAGACCCUGGAACAGAUCAUGGUCAAGAUCUGACUAGUCAA